GCCGGUUUUCUGUUUAGGUGUCAAUUUUGACAAAAUCUCAUUCUUUGAACGCAGCCUCUCCGCUAUAGGCAGAUACACUCAGUGGGCGAGUUCUUCUUCUUCCUCUUCAUCCAUCAUUCAUGGCAACCUCCAAGCUCCAAGCUCUCUGGAAUCACCCCGCUGGCCCUAAAACCAUUCAUUUCUGGGCACCAACCUUCAAGUGGGGUAUUAGCAUAGCUAACAUUGCUGACUUUGCUAAACCACCAGAGAAGCUCUCCUAUCCCCAGCAGAUAGCGGUUACUGCCACUGGAGUUAUCUGGUCACGCUAUAGCACUGUAAUUACACCAAAGAACUGGAACCUAUUUAGUGUAAAUGUGGCCAUGGCAGGCACCGGCAUCUACCAACUUACUCGAAAAAUAAGGCAUGAUUAUUUUAACGAAGAGCAUGCAGCUGUAGCAAAAGAGUGAUGAUGGAAACCGCUUCACUCCAUCACUGUACUCGACUUUAGUUGUUGCUGAGUCACUUCUCAAAGAUCCUUAUUUGUAUAUCGCCUUUAGUGACUUUUCUUGUUUUCCCUAUGUUAUACAUUUGGAUUUUGUAUGUUCUUUCAUCAAAAUCCACAAAUCAAACAACAAUAAGGCUAGUUGCUUUCAGAAUUGCAACAUUGCAUCUAUGAUUUACAUGUGGUUUUACUGUUGAGUAUUUUUGUUGCCAUGAACUAAGAGCUAUUGCUGCUAUGGCGAAAAUAUUCUCCUCUUUUUUGUUUUUA